AUGAAUCUUCAUUUACAAAUGGCUCACACUCGCCACGUGGUACCGAAGUUCCUCUUGUUCAUGAUAAAACAAGCGACAGUCUGCUCGUUGAAGUCUAUAUAUCACGUGAUGACAGCCGUUGAUCGUGAACGCGAGCGUGAACGAGAACGUGAACGCGAGCGAGAACGCGAACGUGAACGGGAGCGGGAACUGGAAAGGGAACGUGAACGCGAACGUGAACGCGAACGUGAGCGAGGUCGAGAUCGAGACCGUGAGCAUGAAAUCUAUGUACAACGAGAAGACGACCGAGAUCGUGAUCGACUUCGUGAUCAUGACGUUCGCGUCACAUCUCCUGGAGAAUCUUACACGACAUCGUCCAAAUACAGAUACGAGAAACACACCAGAGAGGUAUCACCUCACGUCAUCUCAUCACCCGAUACUCGUUCGUUUACGCAUCCAAGACGGGCCAGCUUUGAAACAAGAGGAGGACAAGAGGCGUAUGCAGAGGAGUCACGAAGAGAAAGAAGUCGAGAAUUUGCAUCUGAUCGAUUCCAUACGGACAGCAGAAACGGCUAUCGUGUAGAAUCACCGGCAUCGACGUCGACAGGCAUUCUGAGAACUGGCGAUCGACCGGAAUCUCGUUCCGAGAGCAUGCGUAGCGUUCAGAUACUCCGAAAGACCUUUGGUUAA